AUGAUGAAGUUGGUGGCUCGCGGUUCUGUUGUUGCUACUGCUGGUGUCUUAGCCGGGGCAGGGGAUAUUGCAGAGGACUGGCCGAGGAUGGGGCGGCUGCUGUGGCUGAACUUGGAUAUUGUGCUGAUUGUUGAGGAGUGCAAGUAUGUGCUCACAGAGGUAUGUCCACAGAAACCCAAUGAAGGGGCAACUGAUGAGGAAACCCAAGCUUACCGAAAGUGGAUUAAGGCUGAUGAGAUGGCGCGGUGUUACACUUUGGCAUUUAUAUCGAAUGUUCUACAACAUCAGCAUCAAUCUAUGCCUUCUACCUAUGAUAUAAUGCAAAACCUCAAAGAAAUGUUUAGGGAUCAAAAUCAUGCUGCUAGGCAAACUACUAUGAAGGAACUUAUGAAUACUACUAUGGCAGAAGGGACCCCAAUAAGGUAUCAUGUUCUGAAGAUAAUUGGUCUUCUCAAUGAGCUAUAG